UCGCAGGUUCGGGAAUGCCGGAAAAUUGAAAGUUCUUGACUAAAAUCUAAAAGUGAUCACAAUGAGUGCGGAAUUGGGCCGACAAGAUGAUGUUGAGCGAUCGACAUCGAAAGCGAUCGCAGCAAAAAGUUCUGAAAAUAGCGAGCAAAAUGCAGGCCAUGAAUACGAGGAUGUGCUUCAAUUAAUCGGAUUCGGGCGGGUGCAAUGGCUCGUACUUAUAGCCGCAGGACUCCUUCUCAUGAUGGUCAUCAACGAGACCAUGGGCAUGUCCUAUAUCACCAUUGUAUCUCAGUGCGAUUUCGAAAUGAAUUCAAUGGAUAAAGCAAUCAUGAGUGCUGCCAGUUUUAUAGGAAUAUUCUGCUCAUCUUAUUUUUGGGGCUACCUGAGUGACACUGUUGGUCGGAGGCCAGUAUUGAUAUAUACCACGAUCGCUGGAAAUGUGCUUUCCUUGUGCUCUACAGUAAUUCCCAAUUACUGGCUAUAUGUGUUCCUUCGUUUUGGUGUGGGAUUUUUCAUUGCUGGAGCUUCAUCAACUACCUAUGCCUAUCUUGGCGAAUUUUUCACUCCCAAACAUCGGCCUAUUGCCAUUAAUUAUGCCAGUCUCUUUGUGGGAAUUUCCACUGUUUAUGUGCCGGCCACCGCUUGGCUUAUAUUAUCAAUGAACUGGAACGUGAACAUUACGGAUGACUUCUCUUUUCGUCCUUGGCGUUUGUUGACCAUUUGUUACAUGCUUCCGGGAAUUAUUGGAACAAUAAUGCUAUGGACUCUUCCUGAGAGUCCUAAGAUCCUGAUGUCCUUGCAUAAGACCGAUGAAGCCUUUGCAGCUGUCGACUGGAUUGCAGUUAAGAAUUCCGGCAAACACUUGAAUGAAUUCAAAGUGCAAAAAUUGAAAACUGAAGCAUCAGCUGAUGGAGAAAAUAUAUUACUUGUAUCCAAGUCUGCCAUUGCCACCAUCAAGAAAAUGUGGAAGGAAACUUUGCCGCUGCUAAAGAGACCGCAUCUCGUCAACUUUGUUAUUAGCUGCACCAUUAUGUGUGGCUUGUUCUUCAGCUCUUCGGGUAUGGGUCUUUGGUAUCCUGAAAUACAAAAUCGAUUGGGUAUGAAUCAAGCUGAAGAUUCAAUGACCGUUUGUGAAGUUAUAGACGCUUCAAUAGAUCAAAUGGAAGCAAAUGCAGCUAAUAAGACUUGUGUUGACACAAUCAACACCAAGAGUUACGUAGACACGAUUACCUAUGGAUCGGCCUUAAUUGUGGGAUAUAUACUAAUGGGAUUAGUGCUGAAGGCCAUCGGUCGCAAAGCCUCAAUUUUCAUUGGCCUGGGUUUGUCUGGCGCAUGUGCAAUCAUCUUGAUAUUCAUCAAGGACGAAGUGGCCAUUGUUGUGUGCUUUUGCCUGUACUUGGUCCUGCCAGGACUUUGCGUUUCGAUAGUGAGUGGAGCUGUCGUGGAUCUCGUUCCGACUCACCUCCGGGGAAAAGCGGUCUGCAUAUGCCUGAUGCUGGGACGAACUGGAAGCGUUUUUGGGAGCAAUAUCAUCGGUGUUCUCUUGGAUUCGUAUUGCUCGGUGACCUUUGGGGUAUUUUCUGGAUUCGUUUUGGUUUGCGCUGGCCUGACAUUGCUGUUACCCAUAUAAGAGUAUUAUUAAGUA